AGACAUCUUUGGUUGGGUGAACUCUGGUCCCAUGUGGUGAACAAGCACCAUGAUUUGGGGUCUCUUCAAUGGCAGUAAAGCAUUCUGGCCCUUAUAUCAGAAAAGUUUUCUUCUACGGUUGAGAUCGUGUGUGAAUAAGAAUCUGUUUCCUGGUUUGACUUCCUGAUCUUGCCUUUGACCUGGGUUCUUGGCUUCAGCCUUCAGUUCUGAAUCCUGGCUUCGCCCUUUGAUGCCGGUCUUCAGCUCCUCAGCUCUGACUGUUGCCUAAGGAUCAGGCUGAUAGUCAUCAUGAUACAGAGUCAUGACUGCUUCAGCAAUGACACUGCUCCCAUCUGGAAUACCCGCCUGGUGCUCGCUUUGGGAAUUCCUCAACUCCUCAUCACCUUCAUCUCUGCUGUCUUCAACUCGGCCGUCGUCCUUGGUGUGGUGUUUUCCAAAGAGUUGCACAAACCCAUCUUCAUUCUCUUCUGCAACCUGGCCAUCUCUGAUUUCCUCUGCAGCUCCUCGGGCUUCUGGAUUGCCAUGGUGUUCAUCACUGACCCUCAAAGUACUAUAGUGGGGUCCAAGGAACUCCUUAGAGCGUACGCCUUCUAUGCCAUGUCCAUCCUGGCCACCAUUUAUAAUUUAGUCAUCAUCGGCAUUGAACGCUACUUGGCUGUAUCCAGAAGCAUCACCAUGAGAUACCGAAUCACCAGAAACCAGAUUUUAAGUACCACAUUGGCUAUUUGGGCAUGUGCCUUCUCCUUAGGUUUCAUGCCUCUGAUGGGGUGGAACUGCCUGGAGAAGGACAAAAUCUCUGCUCUGUACAGCCCCCUCUGCAUGGACUAUCUCGCCUUUAUCACCAUACCUCACUGUGCAGUGGUGUUGAUUCUACCGCUCUUCACUUAUGUCAACAUCAUUGUCUUUUUGAGAAAGCACAAAGUAACAAUGGAAACCCUGGGACAAUCCCACGCUACUUAUCGGUUAGCUGAAGUCCAAGUUGCCAGAACCAGCGUAUUGAUUUGGCUUCUAGCUUUGUUUUCUUAUGCUCCUUUCUUUGCGGGGGUUGUGUUUGAUUCAGCCACUCAACAAUGUCCCAGCGAGCAUUCCCCAGCUAUCUAUAUCUUCCGAAACCUCACGGCAAUGAUGAUAACCAUUAACUCGCUGGGCGAUCCCAUCAUAUACUCUCUGAAUAUGAAGAAACUGAGGCACAUGCUCAAGUUUCUGAAGCAUCCUUCCAAUAACCGCAUUGAAAUACAAGCUAUUGGACAGACCUGAUCUGGGUUGAAAUUCUGGACCUGUGUAUUUCCAUCUCUUGUGAAUUAUCUACAUUUGGCAUGAUGGAUGCUGCAGUCCUUUACAUGCCUACUCAGAAAUAAAUCCCAUUUAAGUUCAAUGGGACUUACUCC